AUGUGCUCCUCCGGAGGAGGGCAGUGGGCCUGGAGCUGGCCAGGCGGUCUCAGGGCAGCCCCCGAGCCCACCUUGCGGCCGGACCUGCUCCGGGAGGGCUGGCGCCCGGCACUGGGCUCCGCGUCGCAGCCCCGCUGCCGUGAGCCCCCUGCCAUCGGAUGCCUGCACGUCUCCGCUGACUCACACCUUGCGCAGCCGAUGCCCUCCAUCCACCCUGCUCUGGCCCCGCCACGCUCGCGGAGGGUCUUGCUCCCCCAGCCCCGCAAACGCUGCAGUCGCCGAGCAGCCCUGCCCCCAGUCUUCCGCGUACACACCAUCCUGCCGCCUGUCUGUCCCGGGGCCCACACCCCUGUCCACCUGCGGACCGGCUCCUCUGAGACCCAGCCUCGGGCCACGUGGCGCGACGGCGUGGGCCAGGCCCAGCGGGAUGCCCCGUGUGCAGACCUCGUGUGGACCACGGGCCAGGCCGGAGGCUAG